AUGAUCGAAACGUACAGCCAACCUUCUCCCCGCUCUGUGGCCACUGGACCACCCGUCAGUAUGAAAAUUUUUAUGUAUUUACUGACUGUUUUUCUUAUCACCCAGAUGAUUGGGUCAGCGCUUUUUGCUGUGUAUCUUCACAGAAGAUUGGACAAGAUAGAAGAUGAAAGGAAUCUUCAUGAAGAUUUUGUGUUCAUGAAAACGAUACAGCGAUGCAGCAAAGGAGAGGGGUCCUUAUCAUUACUGAACUGUGAGGAAAUUCGAAGCCGGUUUGAAGACCUGGUCACGGGUAUAAUGCAAAGCAAAGAAGUGAAGAAGAAAGAAAAAAUCUUUGAAAUGCACAAAGGUGAUCAGGAUCCUCAAAUCGCGGCACAUGUCAUCAGUGAGGCCAGUAGUAAAACAGCAUCUGUUCUCCAGUGGGCCCCCAAAGGAUACUACACCCUAAGCACCAACUUGGUAACCCUCGAAAACGGGAAACAGCUGGCCGUGAAAAGACAAGGACUCUAUUACAUCUACGCCCAAGUCACCUUCUGUUCCAAUCGGGAAACUUCGAGUCAAGCUCCAUUUAUAGCCAGCCUCUGCCUAAAGUCCCCAGGUGGAUCGGAGAGAAUCUUACUGAGAGCUGCAAAUACCCACAGUUCCUCCAAACCGUGCGGGCAGCAAUCCAUUCACUUGGGAGGAGUCUUUGAAUUGCAACCGGGUGCUUCGGUGUUUGUCAACGUGACUGACCCAAGCCAAGUGAGCCAUGGGACUGGCUUCACGUCGUUUGGCUUACUCAAGCUCUGAACGGUGUAAGCUGGCAGGUUGCGGCUGGGCUGACGCUGGCUGUCUUCACAAUCCAGCAAAGCACUUAAGACCGCCCCACCGCAGCCCGUUGGACUGCCUAUU